ACUCCUUACUCCUUACUCCUCACAUGAACUCAUUUUCAUUCAUUCAUCAAAUUAAACCCAUUAGUCCAAAACAAUUCCAAUAUGCCAAAGAACCUUAGAAAAUCCCUUCAACGUUACUUUCGCAAAAUCAAAACUCAACAUUCACAUCAACUCAGAUUACCCUCCAAGAAAUGGAUUAGUAUCAAAAGUUGCAAACAACCUAGAACUCCGUCUUUCUCGGUCGAAAACAAAAACAACAAGGACGAUGAGGCCACCCUAGCUGAUAUCGACCAAUUUCUCUUUGAAAAUUUCAAAUCGUUGUUUCUCGAUGAUCAAGAAGAUGCUCAUUCUAACAAAACUACUAAAGAUGUCGUCACAUCAGGAGAAGAUGAAGAUAAAGAUGGAGAAAAAGCUGGCGAAAAUAAAUCUUCAAAUUUAGGGCGAAUCUUUUUUGAUUCAUCCGAGGGAGGAUCACCUUUGGAUCUAAAUGGAUCCAACAGAUUCUUUACACCACGAGCCUUCUCGGGUUCCACAACAACAUCAACAACAAACACAUUUGAAGAAAUGGGAUCAUCCUCAAACUCGUCAACUUCGAAAACCUUCAAAAUUGAUUCGUCGUCAAAGGAAAUAAAGAUUCCUAAUAAUUGUGUUGUUGUGUUGGCGAGUUCGACAAAUCCUUAUGAUGAUUUCCGCAAAUCUAUGCAAGAAAAUGUGGAAGCAAGGAUUAUGAAGAAUCAAAAUGUGGAUUGGGAUUUCAUGGAAGAACUUUUGUUUUCUUAUAUAAACAUGAAUGAGAAGAAAUCAUGUAAGUUUAUAUUAAGUGCUUUUUGUGACAUGAUUAGUGUCAUGAGGCAGAGUUCAGAUACAGAACCGGAGACGGAGAUGGAUCCAGAGAAGCCACGAAGUGUUCGGACUAUUAGAAAGGGGAGGGAUGUAAGGAAGAAGAAGAAUAAAGAACUAUCAUUAUAGUUUGAAGUUUCAAGAUGAGUUAAUUUUCAAUGUUAGAUCAAUUGUAAAAGAUGUAUAAUCAAGAUGGAUUUCAUAGCAAAAGAUGUGAUAUGAUUUUCUGUAUGAUCAAUUUUCAAUGUUAGAGUUAAUAAAUAAA